GCGCGCGCGCCACUCGCGGUGUGACGUCAGGCCAAGAUGUCGGCGUCCUGCGUGAUGGGCUUGUGGAAGGUCGGUCGGCUGCUUCCCCCCGGCAGGAGUCUCCUGGCGGCGUAUCCAACGCUGGUUUCCGCGCGGCUCUCCGUGCGAGCCCACAGCGGCUUCUCACGCGGAUUCGCGGGCGCUGUGAGGCGGCCAGGAAGCAGCGGAGCGGCGCUCAGGUGUGCGUUCUUGCUCGGAGGUGGACUCGGGCUGUACCACACUGUGAAAUACACGCUGCAGAGGCAACACGCAGAGCAGCCCGAACAGUCAGGAUCAGGAACGGCGUGUGACGUGAAGCUGAAGCUGUAUCAGUAUAAGACGUGUCCGUUCUGCAGUAAAGUGCGAGUGUUCCUGGAUUAUCACGCCAUCCCGUACGAGGUCGUGGAGGUGAACCCGGUCAUGCGGCAGGAAAUCAAAUGGUCCACCUACAGGAAGGUUCCCAUCCUCAUGGUGAACGAUAGCGUGCAGCUUAAAGACUCGUCAGUGAUCAUUAGCGCUCUGAUGACCUUCCUGAUCAGCAGGGAGAAGAACAUUCCGGAGAUCGUGUCCUGCUACCCGGAAAUGAAGGCGACGAACGACAGGGGGAAAGAAGUGAUAGAGUUCGGGAAUAAAUACUGGGUGAUGGUGGAUGAGAACAAACAUAGACAUGUUUAUCCUGAGAAAACAUCCAGACAAGAGGAAAUAAAAUGGCGGAAAUGGGUAGACGAAUGGUUGGUGCACCUUAUCUCCCCGAACGUGUACCGGACACCGGCCGAGGCUCUGGCUUCCUUUGACUACAUCGUCCGCGAGGGAAACUUCGGCACGUUUGAAGGCGUCUUUGCCAAAUACCUGGGAGCAGCGGCCAUGUGGCUCAUCUCUAAACGCCUUAAACGCAGACACAACCUGCAGGAUGAUGUGAGGCAGGACCUGUACAAGGCGGUGAACGAGUGGGUGGCGGCCAUCGGGAAAAAAAAGAAAUUCAUGGGAGGAGAAAACCCCAACCUUGCUGAUCUGGCGGUGUUUGGCGUUCUGAAGGUGAUGGAGGACCUCGAGGCUUUUGCUGAUAUGAUGGAGAACACGAAGGUCAAGAAGUGGUACGGACGCAUGGAGAACGCCGUGCACCAUUGUCCUGAAUAACACACACACACACACACACACACACAAGUUCUGAACUAAACGGUUGUGAUGCAGACAUACAGAAUGUAAAAUAAUGUACAGAAUCUUCGGAAUAAAAUUCAGAUGAAUUUA